AUGUUAUCAUCAUAUCAAACAAAUUCAUCAUUAAUAGCAGUUACGAAAGUCUUGAUAUUUUAUGGUUAUCCAUUUAUGUUAAUUUUUGGCAAUAUUGGUAACGCUCUCAAUGUAGUGCUUUUUCUUCGAAAGAAUUUACGGACAACAUCCUGCAAUAAUUAUUUUUUAGUUUCAGCAUUUUCUAAUGCAAUUGCACUGAAUGUUGCCAUUAUGCCAUUACUCUACAUGGAAAGUCAUCAUAUCGAAGAAACAAUACUAUUUUGCAAGUUCCAAGGUUAUGUAAUAAAUGCUGCUCUCCAAAUAUCUCGCUAUUUAAUUAUCAUGGCAUCGUUUGAUCGAUUUGCUCUCUGCUCAACAAAUGCUUAUCUUCGAAAAUUUUCUACUGUACGUAUUGCUCGUCGAUAUGUCAUUCCUUCUAUUAUUGUUAUUUGGCUUAUUAUACCUUUUCAUAUACCGGUUUGGAUAACUUUUCAAGACAAUGUGUGUGAAUUCACCGGAUUGAUAGCACAUUAUGAACUUAUUUAUAGUAUUAUUAUGAUUGGCAUAAUACCACCUGGUCUAAUGUUUCUUUUUUCUCUAUUAAUAUUUCGUAAUCUUAGAUUACGACAACGACGUCGACAAAUUCAUCCAUUUAUUGUUGGUAAUUUGAUUCAACCAAUUAAUGAAACUCGACAUGCACGAAUAAAAGAUCAACAUGUGUUAGGAAUGUUACUUGUACAAGUUUUUGCUUAUGUUGUUUCAAGUACUCCAUAUACAAUAUCUAUGUUUUAUGUUGUUUUAACUAACAAUUAUGAUAUUAAUGCAUUACUUGAACAUGAAUCACGUAUAAUAUUCGUUGUAUAUAUAGCAAAUAUGUUUCGUUUUAUUUGUCCAUUUAUUUCAUUCUAUUUAUUUUUACUUGCUUCAAAAUUAUAUCGCAGAGAAAUGUUAUUAAUAAUAUUACAUAUUUAUCGUCGAUGCAUUGUAUUAUGGGGAAAACUGAGGGCAAUCUUUAUCCUCAUCAUCAUACUGAAGAUUUGA